AUGGCCCCAAGGUCUAGCACAGCGGGCUCGUCCCGCUUUGCCUGGUCAACCGUUUUUUACCUUCUCCUCGUCCUCCUUGCGCCUAUGGUCCUCCUCGGCUCCACUGCACGCGCAGAGGAUCAAACGACCAUGAACAACAACUCUCAGAUCCAAGGACCUGUCAUCGGCAUCGAUCUGGGGACAACCUACUCAUGUGUCGGUGUUAUGAAGAACGGCAAGGUCGAGAUUCUGGUCAAUGACCAGGGCAACCGUAUUACGCCAUCAUGGGUGGCCUUCACAGACGACGAGCGACUCGUGGGAGACGCCGCGAAGAAUCAAUACGCCUCGAACCCUCACCGGACGAUAUUCGACGUGAAGCGCCUGAUUGGACACAAAUUCAACGACCAGACUGUGCAGGCAGACAUCAAGCACUUCCCGUUCUCCGUUGUCAACAAAGAUAGUCAACCCCGGAUCAAGGUCGACGUCAAGAAUCAAGAGACGACGUUCACCCCAGAGGAGAUUAGCGCCAUGGUGUUGGGCAAGAUGAAGGAGGUCGCAGAGAGCUAUCUCGGCGAGAAGGUGACUAACGCCGUUGUGACUGUCCCGGCUUACUUCAACGACGCUCAACGUGCGGCAACUAAGGAUGCCGGUACCAUCGCGGGCUUGAACGUCCUCCGUGUUGUCAACGAACCCACCGCAGCCGCUCUGGCUUAUGGCCUCGACAAGCAGGACCAGUCCGAGCGCAACAUCGUUGUCUACGAUCUGGGUGGUGGUACUUUCGAUGUGUCGAUCCUGACUGUUGACGAGGGUGUCUUCGAGGUUUUGGCUACCGCUGGUGACACCCACCUUGGUGGUGAGGACUUCGACCAGCGUGUCAUCCAGCACUUCACCAAGAAGUACAACAAGGAGCACAACACCGACGUCACCAAGAACGCCAAGACCAUGGGCAAGCUUAAGCGUGAGGUCGAGAAGGCCAAGCGAACUCUGUCCUCCCAGAUGUCGACCAAGAUCGAAAUCGAGUCCUUCCAUGAUGGCAAUGACCUCUCGGAGACACUUACCCGCGCCAAGUUCGAGGAGCUGAACAGCGACCUUUUCAAGAAGACCCUCAAGCCCGUUCAGCAGGUUCUUGAUGAUGCCAAGCUGAAGAAGAGCGACAUCGAUGACAUCAUCCUCGUUGGUGGUUCCACCCGUAUUCCUAAGGUCCAGGCCAUGCUCGAGGAGUUCUUCGGCAAGAAAGCCCGCAAGGACGUCAACCCCGAUGAGGCUGUCGCAUACGGCGCCGCCGUCCAGGGCGGCAUUCUUGCUGGCGAAGAGACGGUCGGAGGUGUUGUCCUCAUGGACGUCAACCCACUCACCCUGGGUAUCGAGACGACCGGCGGCAUCAUGACCACGCUGAUCAAGCGCGGCACGACCAUCCCCACCCGCAAGUCUCAGAUCUUUUCCACGGCGGCUGACAACCAGCCGGUGGUCUUGAUCCAGGUUUACGAAGGAGAACGUACGCAAACCAAACACAACAACCUCCUCGGCAAAUUCGAGCUCACCAACAUUCCUCCGGCCCCUCGCGGUGUUCCUCAGAUCGAAGUCGCCUUCGAGCUGGACGCAAACGGCAUCCUCAAGGUCUCCGCCGCCGACAAGGGAACUGGCAAGACCGAGUCCAUCACCAUCACGAACGACAAGGGUCGCCUGACAGCCGAGGAAAUCGAGCGCAUGGUCGAGGAGGCGGAGAAGUAUGCCGACGAAGACAAGGCGCACCGCGAGCUCAUCGAGGCUCGCAACGGACUGGAGAACUACGCGUACAGCCUCAAGAACCAGGUCAACGAUGAAGAGGGUCUGGGCGGCAAGAUCGACGAGGACGACAAGGAGACGCUGAUGGAGGCUGUCAAGGAGGCGCAGGAUUGGCUUGAGUCGCAUGGCGCGGAGGCUACGACGGAGGACUUCAACGAGCAGAAGGAGAAGCUGAGUAAUGUCGCCUACCCGAUCACGAGCAAGCUGUACAGCGGUGGUGCUGGUGCGGGUGCGGGAGACGAUGAGCCGGACGUUCAUGAUGAGUUGUGA